AUGAACCCUAUGCUAAAGGACAGCAACACAAUAGCCACAUCAAAACUACCCCGAAGGGUAAAAAGAAAGAAGGGUCUGGGACUAAAGGAUGCUCAAGUAGCAGAAAACCCCUCAGAAUUCUCAUUUGCUAUAGCCAAAAUUGCAGUAGCUCAAAUCUGUCAAUCAGUCGGAUUCAAAACCUCCAAAAACAAUGCUCUUGAAACCUUAACUGCUGUUUCCACAAGAUAUCUGGAAACCAUUGUGAGAUCAGCUGCCUCAUUUGCUAAUACCUCCAAUCGUACUGACUCCAACCUCUUUGACGUCAUCAAUGGUAUUCAUGAUCUGUGUUCUGUUCGAGGAUUUCUGGGUGGUUCGGCGAUGCAUAAAGGUGACCUGCUGAGGUCUUCAGCUCUAAAAGAGAUUAUGAAUUUUGCCAACAACUCUGUUAAAGUUCCUUUUGCUAACCAGAUUCAAUUGCGAAAUGUUUCCGAAGUAACCAUUGAUUCUGGUACAUCAAUGUGUAUCUCUAACCAAUCCAAAUCUCACAUACCAAGAUGGCUCCCACAUUUUCCUAAGCAAAACUGUGAUCAGGUUUUAGUUAAGGAGAGGAAAUGUGGUGAGAAAUUGUGGGAACACUCACUUGCUGGGGACGAAAACAGCGUCGUAUCACAGAGCAAUCACGUGAAUGGAAAAGAAGAGAAAGUCACAAGGAUGGAACUGCCAAAGGGAAGAGAAAGAAUGAAGUUUAAAAUUAGAGGGGAGGAGGAGAAGCGCGUUGGCUUGGGUGUGAAUAUAAUGAAUGGGGUUUGCAAAGGAAGGAAACGAGUGACUUGGAAUCAUAACAAAAUGAAUGGUUUUAUUAUUGAGGACGAUCAAGAUGAGAAAAGAUAG